GAGAAGCGAAAUCACAGAUUCAAUGAUGAUCGAGUGAGAUCGAGAGAGCCAGACUCCAAAAAGCCAAGAUCGGCUCUGGACGAAAUCCGCGCAAUGGAGGAAUGGAAGAAAGAGCGAAAGAAUCGAAAGGACUACUGGUUACAUGAAGGAAUAAUUGUCAAGGUGAUCACGAAGAAAUUAGGUGAUGAAUUCUAUAAGGCAAAAGGAGUGGUGAAAUCCUUGGUGGACGAAUACACAGCGCAUAUCGAUGUUGAUGGUGCUCUUUUGAAAGUGGAUCAACAACAUGUCGAAACGGUGAUACCAGCGUUGGGUCGAGCGAUGUUGGUGGUGAAUGGAGCAUAUCGAGACACGAAAGCGAUCCUGGAGUCAGUAAACGAGAAAGAUUUCACAAUUUCACUUCGAUUGGAUGAAGGAUUCGCAAAAGGACGACUCAUAACAGUUCCGUAUGAAGAUGCAUCAAAGCUCGCUCAGUGA